CCUGGUUAUUGCAAUCAACAGUUGAACAUGUGGCUGUACAACAUUAGGCACUUGCUGCUCUCUUUACUGGGAAUAACGGUCAGCCAAGAAAAACCAAAUACACUAAACUCGCAAUGCAGCUUGACCGUGACCAACGGGACAGUCUACUGCCAAGAUGACGGAAAUGAAAACAUCGCCUGUUUUGUUAUGUGCAAUGGAAUAUACCAAGGUCUCUACCACUGUUCUCGGGAUGAAGGUUGGACCGAGGAACUUCCACGUUGUGUUACAGAGUUUACAGGUUUAUCCAGUGUGGAAUCAUGCCAAAAGAACGAAGUGUACAGUGAGUGCCAGGGCCACUGUUAUAGGAGCUGUAGCAACAGCGAUAGGCCAGCCUCUUGCGCACAGGACAUUUGUGUGGGAGCCUGUGUCUGUGCAGACGGAUUCGCAAGAGAUACGGAGGGAACCUGUGUACCUGAGUCUACAUGCGCAGCUAGUAAACGGAUUAAUAAAGCAACCUCCAAACCCCCUUCAGCUGAAGAAAAUGCAUGCGAUGUCAUUGCUUGCAGGUUAACGUGCGGCUUGAUUGCGGGGAAACGUGGGGUAUGCAUCGACGACCAAUGCGAAUGCGAGUGAUGGAAAUUCGUCCUAAA